GUACCGUUCCGCAUGGGAGCUUUGUGUGAGAUAAGAUGUGUCGCCAACAAAAAAAAUGCAUGAAAUCAUAAGCGCGAUAGGAUGAAACGUAAAAAGUGUCCGUUUGCUGAUUAGAUUAUGCCAGAUAAGCAGACCUUUGCAUACAUUCUCGUGGUUGCAGCUUCGUCGAACGCACAUGCUUACGGGCCGGUGAAAGCGGGUGUCGCGAAGGGGAAGCCGGUGUGGAUUUUUUUUUUCGUGGUGUGCAGCGUCUGUCACGUUUUCCGACAAAUGUCAGUUGUCGGAUGGCAAAUGACAGUGCGGAAGCGCCCAUGACAGCUUGGUGUUGGUGUUGGAAAUCAUCGUCCGUGCAAAGUGAAAAAGAAAAGUGCUGUAACGAUAAAGACAUGAGUGCAUUGAACAAAUCCACUGGCCUAACGGAGAAUGGAGGGUUACAUAAUGACCGCGUGGCAAUACUGGACGCCGGAUCACAGUACGGGAAGGUAAUCGACCGAAAGGUGCGCGAACUCAAUGUAAAAUCAGAUAUUUUACCUCUGGAAACAUCUGCCUUAAAACUCAAAGAACUCGGCUACCGAGCAGUUGUUAUAUCCGGUGGACCCAACUCUGUCUACGCCGAGGAUGCGCCAAAGUAUGAUCCCGAUAUUUUUAAGUUAGGCUUACCGAUACUAGGUAUUUGCUAUGGAAUGCAAAUUAUCAACAAAGAGUUUGAUGGAACCGUACAGAAAAAGGACAUCCGUGAAGACGGCGAACAUGCGAUAGAGGUUGAAGAAAGCUGUCCAUUGUUCAAACGCAUGCAGCGUUCACAGAAGGUUUUGCUCACUCACGGCGAUAGUAUCGAUCGAGUAGGAAGCAAGCUGAAGGUGGGAGCUUAUUCCUCAAACCGCAUAGUUGCCGCGGUUUACAACGAACAACUGCGUAUUUACGGUGUGCAGUUUCAUCCGGAGGUUGACCUAACCGUGAACGGCAAACAGAUGCUCUCUAAUUUCCUGAUGGACAUUGCGGGUAUGCAGCCGAAUUUUACGAUGCGUAAUCGCGAAGAAGAAUGCAUUGCGUACAUUAGAGAGCAUGUGGGUAACAGUAAGGUGUUGCUGCUGGUAAGUGGUGGUGUGGAUUCUACUGUUUGUGCAGCAUUGCUAAGACAUGCCUUAAAACCGGAUCAAGUCAUUGCCGUUCACAUCGAUAAUGGUUUUAUGCGUCUGAAUGAGAGUGCGAAUGUGGAAAAAUCGUUGCGUGAGCUGGGGGUCGAUUUGUUCGUAAAGAAUGCGAUCUACAAGUUCAUGAAGGGUACGACCACAAUCAAACUUCCCGGUUCCUUAUAUAAUCAGGACACACAGAUGCUGUGCCAGACGAUCAGUCCGGAGGACAAGCGCAAGAUUAUUGGCGAUGUUUUCGUGAAGGUGUCCAACGACGUGCUGCGCGAAAUGAAUCUGAACGCUGACGAAGUGUACUUGGCCCAGGGUACCCUUCGGCCCGACCUUAUCGAAUCCGCCUCCACGUUGGUUAGCGCGAAAGCCGACACGAUCAAGACGCAUCACAAUGAUACAGAACUGAUACGGAAGCUGCGGGAGGCAGGGCGUGUGAUUGAGCCGUUACGAGACUUUCACAAGGAUGAAGUGCGACAAUUAGGCUAUUCGCUGGGGCUGCCGGCUCAUUUGGUCGAGCGGCAUCCCUUCCCCGGUCCCGGGCUAGCCAUCCGAGUGCUCUGUGCUGAGGAAGCAUUCAUGAAAGACUAUUCAGAGACGCAAGUCAUCGUUAAAGUGAUAGUGGACUAUAAAAAUAAGCUUGAGAAAAAUCACGCCCUGUUGAAUCGUGUUUCCGGAACAACCACCAAGGAAGAUCAACAGCAGCUUUGCCGUAUAUCUAGUAACAUCAAAUUGAAUGCUACUCUACUGCCAAUAAGAAGCGUAGGGGUUCAAGGCGAUAAACGCUCUUACAGCUACGCGGUGGGUCUCUCGAGCAAAGAUGUUCCAAAUUGGCAAGACAUGCUCUUCCUAGCCAAGCUAAUACCGCGUAUUCUGCACAAUGUAAAUAGAGUAUGCUAUAUCUUUGGGGAUGUUGUCCAGUAUCCGGUUCAGGACAUAACCCACACACUCCUUACAGAAAGCGUCGUUUGUCAGCUACGUCAAGCUGAUAGCAUCGUUAAUAAGAUUUUGAUGGAACACGAAUGUAUGCGUAAAAUUUCUCAAAUGCCUGUCAUCCUGAUACCAAUCCACUUUGAUCGAGAUCCGGCGCAAAAAACCCCAUCCUGCAUGCGAUCGGUAGUGUUGCGACCUUUCGUUACAAACGAUUUCAUGACCGGUGUGCCAGCGAUUCCCGGAACCGAUAGGUUACCGACAAAUGUACUACAUAAAAUGGUAGAUGAAUUGUCCAACAUGCCGGGAAUCUCUCGAGUACUACUAGACCUGACGUCGAAACCACCAGGGACAACCGAGUGGGAAUGAUUCCCCUUAUAUCAGACAUCCUUCCCCUGUACGUGCACCAACUUCGCCACCAAUCUGAUAACGGGCGAUUAACAGAUUAAACGAAAAAAUAUCACAAGCAUCAUUGUAGACAGCGCCGUCUGCGCUGUUAUUUGCAUUAUUAGCCGCUGUUAUUGUUGCUUUUCCCGCACGCGCUAAGCGCAUUCCUUUGGAUUAUUUAAGCAAACAUCAAGACAACUACCACACUCACACUCACACUCACACUCACACUCACACUCACACUCACACUCACACUCACACUCACACUCACACUCACAC